AUGAAUACUAUAAUAUUUAAAAGAAAAUUAUGUACUUUAUAUGAGAUCAUCAGAGAAUAGAAAUAAUAGACAUACUUAAAUCCUGACUUUGUUUGGCUCAUGUACACAGGAAUAAGAUUUAGUCUCAUAUUGAGAUUUGAUCAAUUUAAUGAGAAGGAGUAUUAAGUAUUUAAUACAAAUUAAAUUUAGGACCAAGAAUUGAUCCUUGUUAAAAAUUUUAUUAAUUGGUUUCAUUUAUUAACCCCAAUAAGUUAAAUUUAACAAUCAACUAUUAAAAGUGUACUUGUUAUUAUUAUAGCGGUUUUUCAUAUACUUUCUAUCUUGAUAAUUGUAUUUGAGAUUAAAAAAUGGAAUUUCUUUAAACACUACUAAAAUAUAUAUUACACAUAUUUUCAAAUUUUGAUACUUUAUCCUUCAUUCAUAUAUAUCUAUCAAAUAUAAAACUAGAAUCCUAAGAAUAUUUUAGUUUGGUGUUGUACAAUACCUAUAUUUAUAAAUUAUAUGAUAUUUUCAUAUUUUUAACGAAAUUACUUAUUGCCAAUAUAAAAUCCAUUUACAAAAAGAUAUAGAAUACAAAAUUAUUUACAGAAUUUUAUUGAAAUUGUCAUUUUAAUAAGCAUACCAUAUUUUGUAGAAAUUAUUCAAACAAUGAUAAUGAUGCUCUUAUUUUUAAUGUAAUUGAUAGAUUCUAUAUUUAACUAACCUUAUUCAAUGUAAAUAAAUUUGAAUUAUUGUUUAUGUUCUUCUAUUUUACUAUUUGGUUCAGUUAUUAAAUGUUUAUCCAUCAAUAUGAAUUAGAAAGAAUAUCUAUUUUAUAGUUUUAUGCUUGUUCCUCUUUUAAGUUUAUUAAUGAAAAGAGUUUUGAUCCUAACAUACUCAAUAAAUUUAGAAUAAAAUUAACUUUCGAAAAGUUUAUUAUUUCAAAUUGCAGAUGAAUACUAUUCUAAUAAUCCCAUAAAAUAAAGUAAGAUAUUAUUUAUACUUAAAAAUAAAUACAAAAUAUUGCCAAAUAAGUAGAUAAUAGAAUCAUAAUAAAAUUAUUAUAUAUUAAUGCUAAUUUUAAGAUUAUAUGACUCAUAUUCUUAAUAAAAGAAAUUUAGAGAAGAGGAAUUAUAAUUAUAUAAAAUAUUUUUCAUAUUUUAGACACAAGAAAAAUUGAAUUUGGCUUAUAUCCAACUAAAAUAACAUUAAAUUUAAUCAUCUUAUUAAUCUUUAUAUUUUUAAAUAAUAAAAUUAUAUUGUUCAAAAUUAAUAACAAAUAAAAUAGAUUAAGAUUUAAAAUCUAUUUAGGGAAGAUUAGAUAUAUAAUAAAUUAAAUAAAGUCAUUUAUUAAUUGAGACAUGUAUACCUUCAAUAAUAUAAAUUCUUGAUUUAAAAAAUAAAUUUUUAGAAUCAUUAUUAAUUGGAUAUGAUAGAAUAGAAUAAUUAGCUUAGUAAUGUAUAGGUUUAAGUGAUAAGAUAUAAGAAUUAAAAAAUCUUGUAUUUACAGAAAUGGAAUUAGAUAUACUUAUUAUUUCAAAGUAAAUAAUAAAAUUAAAUAUUCUUGAUUUACGCUUAUUAUCUUUACUUUUUGGACCUGUAUUAAAUGAUUAUCAUAUAACAUUUCAAAUUGAAUAAAGGAUAGAUGAUUUACUUAAUUUAGAACGUAAUGUAUUAUCUAGAAACAUUCAGAAUACUUCUUUAUUGAAUGAUGAUGUUAUAAUUAUUUAGAUAAGCAUGAUGAAAAAUCAUGGAUAGAUUUUAAAUAAAGACAAGAGUAAAAUUUUAAAAUAUUUUAAAUUUCCAAAUGAUGAAUCCUUUAAAUCAAUAUCUUAAUUAAAUUAAUUAUUACCAGAAUAUCUUGUAAUCAAACAUGAUAAAUUCUUAAAUUAAUUUCUUAAUACAGGAGAGUCAAUUUUAUUUAAUACUAGUCAUGAUGUAUUUCCAUCAUAUUAUUGUGGUUUUUCAUUUCUUGUUACAUUAUAAUUAAUACCCUCAUAUGAUGAAAUGGAUGAUUAUGUCUUAUCAGCAAUACUUAAGAAGAGUUAUGAACAUAGUGAUUUUAUAAUAUUUGAUGCAUCUGGAAAAAUAUUGGGAUUGUCAGAAUAAGUCCUUUAAUUGUUAAUUUAAAAUGAUUCUGAUUUUAAUAAAAAUAUAUUAAAUUCUUAUAUCUAUUUUUGGUUCAAAGAUUUACUUAUAAUUAUAAAUUAACAAAUGGAAUCUAUAUUGGAUUAUACAUAAUAAUUUACAUUAUUUACUUAGGCAACAUUAAUUCAACCAAUUAAAAAUUUAUAAGAAUUAAUAUAAUCUCAUGAUUCAUAUUAAAAAUAGCAUUUCUUUAUAGAAAAUAUUUAAUAAUUUGAAUAAACAUAAUCAAUUAAGCCAUCAUGUUAUGAGAUUGAUUAUGUUAUUUAGAUGUUUGAUUUCAUAAAUUAAAAUAUCUUAUAAUAUACUUAAAAUUAAAUUGGAUUUUAAGUCACAUUUAAUUUACAAUUCUAAAAAAUGUAAGGAUAUCAUCCUCUUUUUAUUUUAUAAAUUACUGAAUAUUUUGAAAAAUAAUUAAAAUUUAUUAAUCCAAAAAGCAUUGGAACAAUAAGUCCAUAUAGUUCAAUUAGUAAAAUAAAAUCACAUUAAAAAUAAAGUAAUAUAAGUUCUUUAAGUGAUGAUGACAUGGAUGAAUUACAUCAAGAAUUAAUUAUCAAUUAAACAAUAAUCAAUAAAUUAUUAUUAAGAUAAGAAAAAGAUGAUGUAAGAGUUUUCAAUCAAAAUAUCUAAAAUUGUGAACAUUCAAUGAUUGAUAAAGAAAAUAAAGAAAGUAACUUAAUAUCUCCAAGAUCCAAUAGAGAAAUCUUAAUGCAAAAAGGAUUGAUGGAAGAUGACUCAGAAGAUAUUAAAGGAAAUGAAUCUAAUAUUAUUAAGAGUAGUUCAUAAAGAGAGAAUAUAGAGUUAGGAGAAUUUGGAAAUAAAUAAAUUGAAAUCUAAAUAGAAAAUUAAUCAAGAUCUAGUGCAACAUCAGAUAAAACAUAAAAUUCAAUCUAUCAUUUAAUAAGAAAUCUAUAAUACAAAAUUGUAUAUUAAAAUGGUAUAGUAAAAGCUAUUUAUAAUACUUUAUGUCUUUCAUUAUUUCUUAUAAUUUUGGUUAGUGUAGAAUUAUCUGUUGAAAGGAACAAUGUAGAUGAAUUAAAAUUUAGUAUCCCUUUAGUAAGAUUGCCUUAAAGAUUUAAUCGAUUAUAUUGUACAUUUAUAGCUAUUAGUUAAUUAUAGUUAUAAGAUAAAUUAUUAAAUUUAUCAUAUGGAGAAUAUUAUGAAUAUAGAAUUAGAAAUGAAAGUGCUUAAAAAAGAAAUGAAAUAUAAAAUUUAAUGUUAGAACUUAAGAAUUAGUUCUCUCAUAUUUAAUUACCUUCUUUAACAAUCAGAAUAAUUAAUGAAUACAUUUAUUAAUUAGAAAAUACUACAAUGUUGUAAUUUGAUAUUUUGGUUAAUGAACAUACUUCUCAGAUUAACGAAUAUUUAUAAAUUCAAAAUUAAACUUAAUAGGAUAUUUUCAAAAUUGAGGCAUUAUUAGAAUUUCUUAAAGGAAAUUUAAUAGCUUAAUUAGAUAUUACUAUUAAUAUUGUAAAUGAAAUUGAACAAGAUUUUUUUAAUUUUAUUGAUUAUUCAUAAAUAGAAUAACUAGUCUUUUUAACUGUAAUGUUAUGGAUCAUAAUAAUUUUCCUAAUUAUUCAAUUAAAUUAAUGGUAACAACCUUAUAAAUACAUAUAAAUUAUAUUAUUAUUGAUCAGUAAGAUAUCUGAUAAAGACAUUGAAAUAACAAUAUAAAAGACUUUAUAUUUACUUAACAGAAUAAUCAGUAAUCCUCAUCAAAUCAAAAAUAUCAACUAUUUUAGAGAUUGUUUUUGGUAUACAAAAAAAUCUUACAGUUUUUAGAGUCUAAGAAUAUCAUCCGAUUUAUCAAAAAGUAAUUAAAAUGGAAAGAUGAUACAAUAAAAACAGAAAAAAUCAUCUAGAAUUUAAGAUACAUCAUUAUCCAUUUUAAACAUUAAAAUACUUUUAAUUUUCUUUUGGUUAUUCUUAUCAGGAUUUGUUUUAAUUGCAUAUAUUAUUAUGAAUUAAAAUAUGAGUGAUAAUUUACCAGAAUUAAGAUUAACUAUGGAGUUUGUGAAAUUCAAAUAAAAUCUUGAUGGAAUUAUGAUAAUAUGUUUUUUACUUAAAAAUUAAUAGAGUUUAAUUGAAGAAACCUUAUAAGUUUUUGCAUUAAAUUCAGAAUUAAAUACUAGAGAUAAAUAUUUUUAAACUUAAUAUCAAGAAUUAUUAUAAGAAUUUAAUCCUUUACUUAUAGAGAUGGAUGAUAUUUAUUCAAAUAUUUAUAAUGAUAUUGUUGCAUCAUCCAAAAUUAAUGAUGAAAAUAAGAAUCUUUUAUUGAAUCUUUAUGAAAAAGAUCUAUGUCAAAUUAUUCCAAAUAUUCUUCCAUUUUGUGCAUAUGAUAAUGGUACUUUUUCAUAUUUUCCAACCUAUCCUUCAGCUACAUCAUUAUUGAAUAAUUAAUAAACAUACAAGUAUGGUAUUAAUGGAAUCUAUUAAUAGUAACAUAUUAAAAUAUCUUUAGAAUUAUUUCCAUUCUUAAUACAUAUUACACUUUAGAAAUAAAUGGAAUCAAAGACACUAAUUUAACAAAUGCUAAUCUUUUUUUAGAAAAUCCUGAAUUUAUCCAAAUUAUUCUUCCAUAUUUCUUUGAUUUAAGCUAUGCAAUACUUGAGUUCUAUUAUACUAUAAUUAACUCAACUUUGGAUAUUUUAGAAAGUGAUUAUGAAAUGAUUUUAUAAUAUUAUGUUGGUGCAGGAAUUGGCUGUCUAAUAAUCUUAUAUUCUUUCACUUUAAUAAGAGCUAUAACACUUCAGAGAAAGGUUAGAUUAAUAUUAUAGUCAAUUAUUCUUAUACCAUAUGAAUCUUUAAUGGAUUAAUCAAUAAUUAUGACUAUUAGAAAAAUUGAUAGAAAUUUAUGA